AUGGACCCCGAGAGCGGCUCGGCCGCAGAGCCGGGCGCCCUGCCAGGGCUGCCCACGGGGGCCUCCAGGACGGCGGCGCCGUCCGUGAUCCAGCGCGUGUUGCAAGCGCUCAUCGAGCGGCUGGGCCUCAUCGUCGGCGCGGUCACGAAGGGCAGCCAGCGCAGCAUCGGGGUGGAGAACCGGUUCUAUUUCGACAAGGCCACGCAGCAGUGGAAGCUGGAGGGCGAGACCGAGCAGGACCGGCUGGAGGCCGAGGCGCUGCGCUUCCACACCUCGAGGGGCAUGUCGUCGGAGGGGCGGCAGCGCCGCCAACCACGUCGUCUGACACGAGCCGAGGAGGCGCACCUGGCGGCCGCGGCGGCGCUGCCGCCGCCCCCGACGGGGGGGCCCGUCACGACGGCCCGGAAUGCCGGCGCCCCCCCCGGGCCUUCCUGGGCGGACGCGGCGCUGUGCCACCCCGUGGAAGCGCCUGGCGGCCUGGGGCUCGCCGCGGCCCGCCGCCUGCCCCUCGCCCUUCGGCGCGCCGGCGGCGGCGCCGCCGCUGCAGUCCCCCUUCGGCCGCCCGCCCGCGCAGGCGGCCGCACCCGCGGCCCCGCUGGCGUCCCCCUUCGGCGCCUCCCCUCUGGCGACGCCCUUCGGCCAGGGCGAGCACGGCUGAGAGGUGGCCACCGUGCGGCCCUGCAACCGCCAGCGCCCUCCGCGCGGGUGCGCGACGCGCGGCUGUGUAGGAGCCGCGGGUUGGCGCCGCACGGUGGAGGGCUCGGGUCUGUCGCCGUCGUGUUGCCAGAGACCACAGGGGGUCGGCGAAUUCUUGCCGCGAGUCACCGCUGCCUCUUGCCUCGCCCACCGACCCUCCGCAUUCAGGCCGCGCGCCUCUGGGCCCGCGGCUUGCAGCGGAGCAGGAAAAGAACGUUCGCGGGCCGCGCGCAUCUCUGGGUCUCGUGA